CCACACCAAGCAAUGAAUUCAGUCUUUAGGUGUGUCAGCAUCUGCUUACUGCUAUUUGCCUCUACAGCACAAGUGGAAGCUAAUGUGCUUGGUGAUUCAACAGCUUUGGCAUUCAAUGAGAAAGCUUCGUUAACACGUGUGAAGAGGAGUUGCUGCUCAUCGGCUUUGAUGUCAUGCUGUCCACCUACAGCAGUCUCCUGUUUCAAUACUUGUAACGUACAAUGUGUUCCAGCGUGUAGAACGCCGACAUGCAUUGCAGGAUGCACCAACAGCUGCUGUCAAACAUGCGCCAUUCCCGUUCUCGUAGUUCCUGUGCAAGUUACCCAACCUACAAUUCCUCCGCCACCACCGACUCUACCACCAACCCUGCCACCUCCACCACCACCUCCACCACCAACUCUACCACCAACCCUCCCACCUCCACCACCACCUCCACCACCAACCCUCCCACCUCCACCACCUCUACCACCAGUCACCACGCCCGCUCCAGCCGCAUGCCAACCUGUCUGCCAACAGACUUGCAUGACGUGCCCGACACAGAUCUGCAUCAGCUUCUGCAUGCCAAAAUGUGUAUCUAUGUGUUCACAAGCCGCUCCUGCACCACCACCACCUCCUCCUCCUCCUCCACCAACCACACUUCCACCUCCUCCACCACCACCGCCUCCUCCAACUACUCUUCCACCACCACCUCCUCCUCCUCCACCAACUCUUCCACCUCCACCACCUCCUCCACCAGUCACUGCUCCACCUGCUCAACCUGCGGCUCCGUGUGUACAAGUCUGCUUGGUACCCUGCCAGGCACGAUGCCAGGUUAUGCGCCCCGUUAGUGUUUGUAUGCCAAUGUGCCAGCAAACUUGCCAGUCGACCUGUGCGCAGACUCAAAGGAUUGUGAUACCGUGCUCGAGCGUAAUGGGUGGUGGUUGCGGCUGUAUGAGCGGUUACAGUCAAUGCGGUGGUAUGUGCUGUAUGUUGUAAGGACGAUAGGUCCAAGCACUAGAAUGCACUAUGCCGAGC